UUCCGCGGUCACACCGCUGACUAAUAAUUUCGUUUAUCUAAACAUCUAAACAAAGUUUAAUUAAAUUUUAAGGCCAUGCACGGACGUGUGAAGGUGAGGACCACGGAGGAGGAGCGCGAGCGGAAGAAGAAGGAGCAGGCUCUGAAAGUGCGGGCCUAUAGGGCCGCCAUGGGGAGGAUUCAAAAGAAACGGGAGGCCGGGGAGCUGGACAACGAAAUGCUCACGCUGACGGUUCAGAUCCUGCAGCGAAAUCCGGAUGUGAGCACCCUGUGGAACAUUCGCCGCGAGUGCGUCCUGGAUAAGCUGUCCAAGCUGAAGGCGGAGGAGGAGGAGCGUCCUCAAGAAGAGAAGCACAAGGACCAAUCCAUAUUCUCCUGCGAACUGGACCUCACCGAGCAGUGCCUGAUGGUCAACCCGAAGUCCUACAACGCCUGGCACCACCGCUGCUGGACCCUGGAGCAGGAUCCCCGGGCGGACUGGCAGAGGGAGCUGCAGCUGUGCAACAAGUACCUCAAGUUCGACGAGCGCAACUUCCACACCUGGGACUACAGGCGCUAUGUGACUGCCAAGGCCGCGGUGCCCGCCGCCCAGGAACUGGACUUUUGCACCGAGAAGAUAAAGGUGAACUUCUCCAACUACUCCAGCUGGCACCAUCGCAGCCUGCUGCUGCCGGAACUCUACCCCAACGAGCGGCGGGAUCGGCCCAUGAGCGAGGAGAAGCUGCAGCUGGAACUGGAGAUGGUGCUGACGGCCGCCUUUACGGAUCCCAACGACAGCAGUGCCUGGUUCUACCAGCGCUGGCUGCUCGGUAGUGGUGCCCAUCUGGAUCGGGCUCCCAGGAUAGCUGCCUUUCGACUGGAGCCCCAUGGUGCAGUGCUCGCCCUAGAUAAGCCCUACCCAGAUCUUAAUCAACUGAAGACCGAGUUGCUCGGCGGAGGGCAGACCGUAACGUUGCAAUCUUGGCUGCCGAUGGACAGUUGUGGAACCAGUUGGAAGUGCCUACAGACCUUCGAUUACCAAAGAAACUCAACGUACUCCCUUAAACUUUCCGAACAGGAGGUGAAUCUUCUGCCUCUACCCGGCACAGAAGACGGAGCCUUUUACUUUGAGCCACCUCAUGCCGACGCCAGUUGCAGCAAGGAACUCUUGGCGGAGCUGCAAACGCAGCUUCAAUCCUGCCUAGAUCUUCUGGAAUUUGAACCAGACAGCAAGUGGACUCUGCUAACAAGUGCCCUCCUAAUGCGCGCCAUCGAUGUUUCAGGCAAUCACGAAAAGAGUUUGGCUCACUUGGUCAAGCUGGAGAAGGUGGAUGCCUUGAGGGAGGGAUAUUACAAGGACCUGGCCGCUAGGUGGUCCUUGGAGUCUGAGCUGGCAAAGUGGCCACAAGCUCCGGGAUUUCCCAGUAACUUUACAUUGAGUGAGGACGUGGUGCUGGCUUCGCUGCCUUAUGGACAAUACCUUGUCAUUGCCGAUGAGUUGAAAUUGCCCACCAAUCUCAGGGAGAAAUUGGGGGAUUCAGUGCCUAAAACCUUUGGUGACUUAAAGAGGAAACAAGAUUCGUAA